UAUUCUUUCUAUUUUCUUUCUCGAAACUUAACUAGAAUUGUCUAUUUUCUCGAAUUAGUCUAGUAAAUUGUUCGAUUUCGUCUGGGUCUUGCUGUUUUUAGAAUAAAUUUAAGAACCAAAAGAAGAGCACACAGAGGAGGAUUAGGGAGAGCAAGAGAAAAGACAGAGAGGGAGACGGAAUUUUCUGGUAAUGGCGACGGAUCAAGGGAUACCAGAAGGAACGGUGCAGAACAUAUUGGAUCAAGAAAGUCUUAAAUGGGUUUUCGUUGGGGGGAAAGGUGGUGUAGGCAAGACAACUUGCAGUUCGGUCUUGUCGAUUCUUCUUUCUAGGGUUCGAUCCUCUGUUUUGAUCAUAUCAACCGAUCCAGCUCAUAAUCUAAGCGAUGCAUUUCAGCAGCGAUUCACCAAAAUGCCCACUUUGGUCAAUGGAUUCACCAAUCUAUACGCCAUGGAGGUGGAUCCCAAUGUAGAGAACGAGGACUUGACCAAUAUGGAAGAGAUGGAUAGCUUUGUUUCUGAGUUAGCAAAUGCAAUUCCUGGUAUUGAUGAGGCUAUGAGCUUUGCUGAGAUGCUUAAAUUAGUGCAAACAAUGGAUUACUCUGUUAUCGUGUUUGAUACAGCUCCAACUGGCCAUACAUUACGUCUAUUACAAUUCCCAUCAACAUUAGAAAAGGGGCUUGCGAAAAUGAUGUCUUUGAAAAAUAGGUUUGGUGGAAUAUUGAGUCAGAUGUCUCGUAUUUUUGGUGUUGAUGACUUUGGCGAGGAUGCAGUCCUAGGAAAGCUUGAGGGUAUGAAAGAUGUGAUUGAGAAAGUGAACAAGCAAUUCAAGGAUCCAGACUUGACAACUUUUGUCUGUGUUUGCAUUCCGGAAUUCCUCUCUCUUUAUGAAACAGAAAGGUUGGUGCAGGAGCUUACAAAGUUUGAGAUUGACACUCACAAUAUCAUCAUUAAUCAAGUACUUUUCAAUGAAGAAGCCGUUGAAUCCAAGUUGCUAAAAGCUCGAAUGAGGAUGCAACAAAAAUAUCUGGAUCAAUUUUACAUGCUGUACGAUGACUUCCACAUCACCAAGUUGCCAUUGCUCCCAGAAGAAGUGUGUGGUGUAGAAGCUUUGAACAAAUUUUCACACAACUUUAUAACGCCUUAUCAGCCAUCUAUCACAAGAGGUACAGCAGAAGAACUUGAGCAGAGAGUUUCCAUCCUAAGGCAACAGUUGGAAGAUGCUGAGGCAGAGCUAGACAGAUUGAGAAAAGGAAAGCAGAUUCUCUAAUACAACCAAACAACAUGAUUCUGAAGCUGAGCAGAACUGGGAGAAGCAAAGCGAGAGGCCUGAUCCUACUAUUUAAUUGUCUGUUCCACCUGAUGAAUUUCUUAUAUUUGCAAACCAAUGGCUGGCUGGCUGCCAAUGGAAGUAACCAUUUUUUUAUGCUCCAAGGUGAGAACUAUAUAUCUUGUGUACUGCCAUCCAGAUUCUGUUUUGGUGUGGGAGGCAGAAUUGAUCUAUAAACUAGUUUUCUGAUGCAAUUAUUAUAAUCAGUUGGAGGUUUCAUCAUUUUUUUA